UAGCUAUCUUUGUUUCUCUAAACUUCAUUGUUAAUGCUUCUAAAUUUUAAGUAAAGACUAAAUUUGGCUUAUUUUAAUAAAUUACUUCUACUUUUAAAGUUAAUAAAAAUAUAAAAACAAGGUACAAUGGCAUCUGAACUCAAUAUGAAUCGUUUAAAUUUACCAAACAUGGUUGAUCGACAGCUAAAAGAGGUCACUUUGCCCGUUGAAACAUACUUUAUUGCCAAUAUUUUAACGGGAAAGCGCAAAGUCCUUGAAGAGAGACCGGUUAAAGCCGAAAUAAGUACAUCCUUCAAUAGCAUUGUAGCAUCUGUACAUAAUAAACUAAGAAAUCGGAAAGUUCGAAGACUUGAGAAACCAGCAAUCAUCGAAGAAAAAUCAACGAACGAGACGCCGGCAGAAGCUUCACCACAAAAUCAAAACACAAACGUUAAAUCAGAAAUGGUAGAAACUAAACCAGAUUCAAAGGUCAAUAGUACGAAACCAACUAUACCAUUUAAAGCGACUUCCAUACCACAAAUAAAAGCGGCUCGAGCACAAAAACAACAACAGCGCAUGCGUCGUGCGAUACAUAAUUACCAGGAUUACAAUGAUCCCGCCAGUCAUAGGCGACUGCUCGAGGUGCAAAAACAGAAAAGAAUUCUCGAAGAAAUGCUUUUGGAAAACCAACGCAUGGAUCGUGAUCGUCAAGCUAUGGCCUUAGAGAUACAAGCACUGCGGGAAUAUAUGAAUGAUUUAGGACACAAAUUGGAUAGCUAUUCUAAAAGGUUGUCGACGAAACCGAUCAUGCGCUGUGAACCUUUGUUGAAAUCUAAACUGAAUCUAAAGCCACAGCCGUGGAAUAGUGUGACUUCCAGAAAAAUACUUAGUCCGAUAAGAAAAGCGCAUGUACCACAAUCAAUAUUGAAAACUACAAAUUCUACACCGAAAUCAGCAAAUCAAACUAUAAACACAGCGAGUAGCCCCGUGCGACAUAAUCGUAGUCCGACACAUAACUCGCCCAGCCCAGUUCGAAAUACAAAGCGUUAUAUUAUCCAGAAGCCAAUGAUUAUGCGUCAUAUACCCAUACAUACACAAGUUUGAGGUAAAUUACUGAAACCAAGCAGUUCAUGAAGAACACAGAAUUUCAAUCACAAAACAGUCAGUUACUUCAAUUAGUUUAGCCCUAAAAUACCUAAUAGAGGUUUGGUGGUGUAUACUGGAGACAGGCUAAAUGAAAUUUAUUUUACUACCUAUAUAUUUAAAAAGUACCAGAUAUGUUUACUGAGCUGAUUGGUGUUAACAAAAGACGAAUGAUGGUUAAUCUGUUUUGGUUUAAUGGUCUGCGGUAUAAAUAUAAAUGUAAUUUUAAAUUUGACCUCCAUUCUUAGCUUUUUAUAUCUCCUAUCAUACAUAAUUUUUUUUUUAAUCAAGCUAAAUAAUAUACCAACGAUAAUUAAGUGUAAAUAUACCCAACACGAAACACCACACAUUAUUUAACGUGCUAUCCGAGAAACUCUUUGUUUAAAUAAUAAUGUUAUAAAUAAUUUUUUUAUAAUCAAAAUUUAUAUCAAUCAGUAUACAUUAUA